CCAAUUUUUACUUUUACCACUUACGAUAAUAUAUCAUGAAGUCUCUUCUUCUCCUUGCCUUUUUCCUCUCUUUCUUCUUCGGCUCUCUCUUGGCUAGGCAUUUACCAACACCCUCCCAUCCAAGUCAUCAUCAUGUGGGAAUGACCGGGACAUUGAAGCGUCAGAGGAGGAGGCCGGACACGGUGCAAGUGGCUGGGUCUAGGUUGCCAGACUGCUCACACGCGUGUGGCUCAUGCUCCCCAUGCAGACUUGUCAUGGUUAGCUUUGUGUGUGCAUCGCUCCAAGAGGCUGAGACUUGUCCAAUGGCUUACAAGUGCAUGUGCAACAAUAAGUCCUACCCCGUCCCAUGAUCAGCCUCUCCUACACUUAUUCUAUGCAUUCAACCGUUUUGUUUUCCUUUUGCUUCUCCGGGUACAUGACCAUGUGUACGUAUAAAAUGCAUCUUUAAUU